AUGGCUCAGGUGGUUGCAGGGAUCGCACAGAUCGUGCACGAGCAUCCCUAUUUGAGGCCCAUGGGCACGGAGCGGGCCCCGCACCACCUGCUGUUCUGGGUUCGGAGUUGUCGCGAAGCCAUCAUUGCGAACCACAUCGAGGAUGCCAAAGGUUACCUGGAACGGGUGACCAACAGUUUGUCCUAUGAGAUGGCACAAGUAAAGGAUUCCUUUCGUCGUUUCGAUGUGGACAACAGUGGCAAGUUGGACAGCAAGGAGUUCCGCUACAUGUGCGCCUACAUCGGCUGGGGCGAAGAGGAAGCCUCCUUGAUGGACAUCGAUGACGAUGGCUACGUCACCUUGGCCGAGUUCCAACGUUUCGUGGGCGACAGUGGAGGCCUGUCGGCCAUCUAUGAACAUCGCCGCCAGCGCGUGGCGCGGAAGCAGUGGGGCUCCGAGGCGCCCGCCAUCCUGGAAGUGGGCGCACGUGUGCGGUCCUAUUUCCACACCUCCGAUGGGAAGAAAUCCGAGAACGUCCGCGAGGGACAGAUCUUAGAACUGCGGGUGAUGCCAAACAACGGCGUUCUCAUUGAUUUUGUAGAAGACACUGAAAAGAAGGCAAAUCGUCAGGUGGUCCCCCAAAGCUGGAUCUUCAGUGACACGCGUGACAGCGAUGUGGUCAGUGCGCUACGGGAGGUGGGAAUCCUUGAGGAGCAGCAGGCCUUUUGGGCAGCCAUUUUCCCCGAGUCGGAGAUGCGUGCGGUGGAGAAGCUUGUGCCGUGCCAACGUGCAGCGUUGUACCACGUGCGCACCAACGCCACUGCGAGCCAUGAGGCCGCAAUGCCGCAGCUGCGCGAACGCUUUGAGACGCUGGGCUAUUCUGAUCGGGAACUACAAGCUUGCCUUGGCUGGGUUCAGGAUUUGGCACCUACGGCUUGGGAGCCUAGUGACCGCCACGUCAAUUGGGACGUCACGGCUGGGAAUGCUGGUGGUAUGCUGGUGGUACACAUCCACAUCGAUCGAGUGGGCACUUUCCUGGAGACCGACGAGUACUACAGGAGCCAGUUUGAAACUGGCACCAGCAGCGGUGCAUUGGACAGUAAGAACGAUAUCCGAAAGCGCUGGGAGAUGGAGCUCUUUGGUGGUACCUACGAAGACUGCAAACCAUUUGAGAGAUGUAAGUAUGGUGCUCUGGGGGUGAUGAACGACUUUCGCGGGGUCACCUCGGCCUAUGGCUACGGGGAUUCCUAUUUGGUGCUGAAGGAUGUCCGGCUCCGCUGCACCUUCGCCUCCACGGACUCGGGUGGCAUCAGCGGACAGCGCCUGGCGGUGCUGGAUAAGUACGCGCACGUGCUGAAGGAGUUACCUGGUGUGAAAAUCAUGCCGGGACUGGAGCUGAUUGGUGAUGUGGAAGUUCGCAGCUUGGUGGAUGUGGCCAUGUCCAAUACCUCAAUGCAAGACAUGCCCAAGGUGCAUCCCACUCUGCUGCGAGGAAUGAGUGAAGAUCCCAUGGAAAACUGGAUCACCGUGGGCUUCCCUCACUUGGCGCAAAAGAAGGGGCGGCUCUUCUUUGAGGUGGAACUCUAUUCGACCUGUUCAUCUCCACAAGUAGGAUUGCUGAGUUCGGACUUCGUGGCCGCACCUCGCAACAGCAGCUUUUUGGGAGGCGUGGGUGAUGACGAAGAUGGCUGGGCGGCAGAUGGCCAGCAUGCCAUCCUUUGGCACAAAGGCGAACGCUUGCCCUUCAACUCCCUUUGGCCUUCGGAGAAUGGGAACCUCACUGUUUCCUGGAGCGGAGGGGACUGA